CAAGAACAAAAAGCCAAAAAGAAGGAAGAAUUACUUGGUAAUCAAGAAAACGGUCCUGAAAAGGCAAUAGCCAUACAGGCAGACGAGUCUGCCAUUUCUGAGGUCUUCACUGAGGUCGUUGGCCGUGGAUUAUCUGGAGAAGCGACUAAAGCUAAAACAUCAAAUAAGGUAGACAGAGCUGAGCAGCGCCGACGUGAGAAGGCUCGACAUUUUGUUGCUUAUUCGUCAGCAGACUACGAGUCAGAAAAACAGUUAGCCCUUGAUAAGGUGGACUUCGCUAGACAAGCUGAUGGAGCAGCUGUUGAGAUAUUUGCUGAUGAUGAUAAAGGCAUGUACAAGCAAAAGCAUGCGAAGCGAUGGGACCGAAAAAAGAAACGCUACGUUGGAGCCUCCGGAGAUGGACCGGACAACAAGAAAAUACGUACUGAAGAUGGAACAUGGUUACCUGCAUCGUAUAAGACUGGCCGAUAUGAGGACUGGAAGAAGAAGCAAAAACUUGGCUACAAAAAGGCAAGCAUAUUUUACCUCAAUGCUUACGUACUAAUCACGGUUUGUAGUUAA